AUGUCGCCAAGAGCAGAUGGAGUGACUAGCAGCAUUGGGUCGGGGCAUCUAGAGGUAGACGAGCGCGAACCGCCAGCCCUCAAAGGAGAAAAAGGAAGGGAAAUGCAGGGUACUUCAGGGAAGCGCGGCGGAGAGCAAGCAGGGCUCCAUCGAGUAGGCAAGGUCGGCUCCAACAGUGAGGGAAGCAAGGGCGGGAGCUCGGAUGGCGGAGGUGACGAAGCCUGGAAGCAAGAUGAGAAGAGGGGACACAAAGCUGAGGGGUUCGCCCGACCAACAGAGACCACCUUGGGGUGCCUCAGCCACAAGGAACAGUCACCCAUCUGCAAUAGGAGAAACUCACAGCGUGCGGUUGGGAGGAAUGCUUGGAAGAGGCUGCAAGCAUCAACUGGGAUUUGGGGAAAUCCUGAGAGGCGGUCUAUAAAGCCCAGCCUCUAUUCAUCUAACUAUAAUGUUGAGAAAUCAACUACGCCGUUCCACUGCUUAAGAUUCAACAAGGUAGACCCUGCCACCUGUGAGGUCUUUGCCUUCCGUUACGGCCCGAUCCCUCCGUUUCUCACCUACUUCAGAAUAGGAGUCGACGGGAAGAAACAACUGGACGUCCCUAUCUUCUCCCUCCGGCAGCCUUCUUUUGUACACGACUUGGCCAUCACCGAGCGGUACGCUAUCUUCUCCGACACACAGAUUGUCAUGAAACCACUGGCAAUAUUUACAGGAUUGGGAGUGCCGUUGAAAUAUGAUGUCGCAAAAGUCACACGCGUGGGGAUAAUCUCACGCUACGCCACCUACGAGUCGGAGAUGAAGUGGGUUGAGGUGCCGGGAUUCAACUUCGUUCACUCGGUGAACGCGUGGGACGAGAAGGGAGGGGAGGAGGUGGUGUUGGUGGCUGCGAACAUCGUGCCGGUGGAUUACCUGCUUGAGAUGAGGAGGGAUCUGCUGCAUUGCUGCGUGGAGAUGGUGCGGAUCAAUGUCAGGGAAGGGAAGUUGGUGGGGAGGAAGCCACUAACGGCGAGGAGCUUGGAGUUCGAGGUGAUCAACCCCAAGUUCCUGGGCAGAAAGAACCGCUACACAUUCAUGGCGAAGGGAGACUCUAACGGCAAAUUCUCAGGCAUCGUCAAACUGGACUUCGUUCAGGCUGGUGGGAAUGAUUGUGCGGUAGCGGCUAGGAGUUUCGGAGAAAGAUGCUUUGCAGGGGAGCCAUUUUUUGUGGGGAAAGAGGAAGACGGCGACGAAGAUGACAGCUAUGUGUUAACUUAUACACAUGAUGAAGGAAGCGGGGAGUCGAGGUUUGUGGUGAUGGAUGCCAAGUCCCCCACUCUCGACAUUGUGGCAUCCGUUAAGCUUCCACAGAGAGUGCCUUACGGCUUUCAUGGCCUCUUUGUCAGUGAAAAGGAUCUGAGAAAGCAGAAGAAUUGGAAAUGA